ACAGCAAUGAAGCUCAAUAUGGCAGCCAUUCUGGCCAUAUCAUUUCUUGGCAUCUUCAAUGAAGGCAUUAUCAGAGGAAGCUUUGGUUCUCAGAUGAUGCCACGAGGCUCCUGUGUAGACUUGCCCACCACAGAAAUAGACUUCAGAAGAAUUUCUGGUUUUGAAGAACAAGAGACACCAAUUAAAGUUGUGACAUUUAUAACCAAGAAGGGAAUGCGAAUCUGUGUGCCUCAUGAUCUCCCCUGGGUACAGACUACCAUCAAGAGGUUGAAACAAAAACCAAAGCCUGGACUACCCAAAAGAAAGAAUUCCUCGUCCAGACACAGAGCCAGCUCUACAUUUAGACCUAAGGCCAGGUCUAGCUGA